UGUGAAAUUCCAUUCUUCGUGAACUAACACGAUUUUUCUACAAACAAAUAUUUCAAAAACGAUUGUCGUUGUUGCCUUUUUUGUAAUUAUUACAUAGUGAAAUCAACCUCGAAAAUGGAUGCAAUUAAGGAUAUGAUUGCAUUGAUAUUUUCUUCGCACGGUGAAUGUGGGCGAAAAUUUCUUACAUUUGUCGUUUAUAUGACAACAUUGCUCGACAAUGUUCUAUUAACGGUUAUCGUGCCCAUCCUACCGGAUUACCUAUCCCAAAUCGACCGUGAAUCAAUUGAAAUUCUGAAAUACAAAAAUCUCUACUUACAUUAUGUAUCAACGAUGUUUGGUAAAAAUGUUCCAUCGCAAAAUGUAACAGCAAUACCAACAAAUUUUCAAUUUGAUGUUGUGCACGAUGAACUAUGGAAUGACAAUAAAUUAAACGAGGAAAAUGGUGCAGUUGGCAUAUUGCUCGCCUGCAAAGCUCUGAUACAAUUGAUUUCAACUCCAUUUGCUAAAUCACUGAGCAAUUCAUUCGGAUAUCGUUUUACAAUCGUGAUUGGAACUUUUGUUUUGUUUUCAGCAUCGCUGACUUUUGCAAUUGGACAAGGAUACUUUUGGCUACUCGUUGCUCGUGGCAUGCAAGGAUUUGCGUCGGCUUGUAUCAGUGUUUGCGGCAUGAGCAUCAUUGCUCAAAUUUAUCCAGAAGAAAAAAUGCGGUCACAAGUGAUUGGAUUCAUUUUGGGUAGCAUGGCACUGGGGGUAUUGCUUGGAUAUCCUUUCGGUGGCAUUUUGUAUGCAAUCAGUGGAAAAUCAGCACCAUUCUAUAUCAUUGCCGUUUUAGCUUUCAUUAUUUUAGCUCUUCAAUUAGCUUUCAUUAACGUAAAAUGUUGUAAAAGUGAAUCAAUGGUAAAGGACGGCAAUUAUAUGUAUCUUUUGAACGAUCCAAUUAUCUUCAAAAUAUUUGCGGCAAUUUUAAUUUCGACAAUUGCAAUGGCCACUUUAGAGCCAUGUUUGCCAAUUUGGCUAAUGGCAACGUUAAAACCAGAGAAAUGGCAAAUCGGAACGGUGUUCAUUCCAGAUUCAAUUGGUUACUUUGUAAGCACAAAUUUCUUGGCAGUUUUGGCACAUCAAGCCGGUGGUAUGCUAACUGCAACAAUGGCACUAAUGAUCGUCGGACUGUCCUGUCUUAUGAUACCGCAUGCAAGUUCGAUUCCGUCACUUGUUCUACCACAUUUUGCGCUUGGCAUGGGAAUCGGUACGCUUGAUGUGGCAUUAGUCCCACUCUUGGCAUCGAUUGUUGACUCCAAGUACAUGUACAAUGAUGAAAUAGCAUUCAACAGCAGUUUUGGUGGUUCAUACGGUGGAAUAUAUGCCAUACAACAAAUCAGUGUGAGUUUGGCGUAUUUUUUGGGACCAUUAUUAGGCGGAGAGAUUUCACAGUACAUUGGUUUCUCGUGGUUGAUGUCUUUGAUCGGCUUGGCAAAUAUUUUUUAUGCCAUUUAUCUAAUGCAAACGGUAUUGUUUGUAUUGCAACCGGAGGAUUAUGACGAUAAAGAGUCACCAGAAGCGAAUAAAUUCUUCCUCCGUUUGUGGCCCUCGAAUACAACGCUAUCGAGCAAUUUAAGUUAUAAGAGAUUUUAUGACGCUGUGGAUAAGCCUCAGCACUAGAUUCAAACGUGACGCGAAAAAAAAGUGCACUAUACUAGAUGGCAAAAGAAACCAAAUGCUAUAUGCACACGCGGUGUAUCGCAACGCCAAUAAAAUUCUCAUUUCAUGGUUGAUUAAACAGUAAUUUAUUAUCAGUUCAUCUGCACUCACAACGAAUUUUUCUUUUGUACGAUAUAAAAAGUAUGCAUCCCAACACAAAUGGAUUUUCCACAUUUUUUCGUUGAAAUGGUUUAUCAGUUCACGUGAAUUUCAUUCUGAACAGAAAAUAGUGUACA